AUGUUUCGACUUGCAGCCUCCUUGCGGCCGCAAUUGCAACCUAAAGCAGGCCAGACAAUGCUUGCGGCGUUGAAACCACGUGCCUUUGGCCAGGUGCGUCUCAACUCCACGCGGAAACCAACAGGUAUCAAAGCGUUAAUGAAAGAGUACGGGUACUCUGCCCUUGGGGUGUACUUGUUCCUCAGUAUGCUAGACUUGCCCAUCUGUUACUUUGCUGUGCACAGCAUGGGCAAGGAGAAGAUCGAGUUAUACGAAAACAAAGUCAAGCAGUAUUUUGGUUUUGGCAAGAGCGACGCCGAGUUGGAGCGGAUGCAAGAGAUCAACAAGAUCGAAGAGGAGUCGGAACCAAAACAGCCCGAGCCUGAAGGAAUGUUUUCGUGGUUUUCGUGGACGGAGUUUGUCAUUGCGUACGGAAUCCACAAGUCUGUGUUCAUUUUCGUGCGUGUUCCCUUGACCGCGGCCCUCACGCCUUCCAUCGUCAAGAUGCUCCGGGGGUGGGGGUUCAAGAUCGGAACCGACGGGCUCUCGGCCACUGCCGCCAUUGCCAAAGACCGUGUGACUGCCAGUGCAACAGGCGGCCGGUUUGGCACGCGGCCCACCAAGAAAAACAAGUGGUUCUGGUUUUUCUGA